CAUGAUAAUUGUUAUUAAGCAUCAAAGCCACAACAACAGUGCACUCAAAUGGUGCUCGUAAAAAAGAUAAGUCAUUUUAUAGUGUGGUAGUUGGUUCGUUCGUUGGUAUAUGGACCCCGUCUCAAAUUCGUCUUAAUAUUUCCCCUGAUCUCAUUGAUUCAUGAUAAAUAAUCACAAUGCAGGUGUCGAGUUAUAUAGAAAUUUGAGAAGUACUAAGAAGUGGGCAAAAGAAUGCUAGUCAUAACUAAACUGAGCUGGAUUUCGACGCAGAAGAGUUUCUAAAGUUGAAAACUGUUAAUAUAUAAACUAGUGAAUUAUUUUAUAUAUAGCCAAGAGUUAAUGAAUAAAUGCCAACAGACAGACUUUUACCCUGAGUCGAAAUGAGCAUUAUUCUAUUCCCCUCCCACUUCGACGACGGUUGUAACGCCGUCUCCUAUUUUAGCUGACAAGACUUGAUUAGUUUACUUGGAAAAAGCCACAAUAAGAAGCAUGACGAACUUACACAAAUUAUCGCGAAAACGGCAACUGUCAUCGCUGCUAUCAUGGAAUUUAGUUGUGCUGGUAGUGUCUCCAGUUUCCAUAAUCUGGGGAGCAAACGCUGCUGCAUUCACCAAGAGGGGAGAUGAUGGACGGGCAUUUGGAAUUCAGGACACAAGGGGUCAGGAAACAUCUUAUUCUAAUGAUGACAAGGGUCAAGUGCAUUCCGAGAAGACUGGGAUGGUCUUGGAAGUGGAAAAAAUCAUGGUGCAUUUGUCUGAGACAACGAUUUCAAAAAUUUCGAAAACGGGGACAUCGAAUGACAUGGCCACCGCUAGCAUUCAUGGUUUCAGAGUUGAGGAUUCUUCGAAACCUGUGACGUACGACAAUGGUGCAUCAGUGAUACUGGCAGACAAACCUGCGCUUAUCCGUUUUUUUGGAGCCGGUUUUACUAAAAACACAAUAAUUAGAUUUGUAACAGAGAUGCGCCCCAAGGGUUCUGACUGUGACGAUCUUCCAUCUACAAAAAGUUUUGGUCUAACAGAAUCCAGUGAAAACUCUGCCUAUGCCUACAUUCAAUUGCCACCAUUUGAUGUGGGAGAAUCAGAAUAUUAUGUCUGCACGAAAGAACAGGAUUACGAUAUGCCGUGGGUCCAUCAAGGCAACGACAAGUGGAUCACUUUCAUGUCAUAUGAAAAGUGGCUGCCCCUUUGGGCACACAUUUGUCUCCUCGUGAUUCUUCUUGCUCUAUCGGGAAUCUUUUCUGGACUAAAUUUAGGUCUCAUGGCAUUGGAUAGGACUGAUCUCAAAAUCAUUCAAAAUACGGGAACUGAAAAGGAGAAACGUUACGCCAAGAAAAUCCAACCACUUCGAAAAAUGGGAAACUACUUAUUAUGCUCACUUCUGCUUGGAAAUGUUAUAGUAAACAAUUCUCUUACCAUUUUAUUAGACGACUUAACCUCUGGAUUAAUCGCUGUUAUUGGUGCAACUCUGGCUAUCGUUAUAUUUGGGGAGAUUAUACCUCAGGCAAUUUGUGCCCGCUUUGGAUUAGCUGUGGGGGCAUACACGAUUUGGCUGACAAAAAUUACCAUGGUCAUCACCUCACCCUUAUCUUAUCCAGUGAGCUUCAUACUCAACAAAAUUUUGGGAAAAGAGAUUGGAAACGUCUACAAUCGGGAGAGAUUGAGAGAGUUGAUUCGGGUCACAGAGCACUACAACGACUUGAAAUCGGACGAAGUAAAUGUGAUUGAAGGCGUCUUAAAGUUGCACAAAUGCAGUUGCGCUGAUGCAAUGACAAAGCUCGAAAAGGUUUUCAUGCUUCCCCUGAACGCAAUUUUGGAUUUCGAAACGAUUGAUGAGAUCAUUAAGAGUGGGUUCUCUCGAAUUCCUGUCUACGACGGUGAAAGGAACAAUGUGGUCUCCAUUUUGUACACUAAGGAUUUAGUUUUUGUUGAUUCGGAUGACAGAAUGCCCAUAAAAUCUUUGUGCGAAUUUUAUCAAUAUCAAUGUAACUUUGUGGAUGAAAAGAAACCUCUUGAUGCACAAUUCAAGGAAUUUAAAGAAGGGGACAAGGGUCACAUGGCUUUUGUUAGAAAAAUGCAUGAAGGUGAGGACUCGGACCCAUUCUAUGAAAUUAUUGGAGUUAUCACUCUCGAGGACGUGAUUGAAGAGCUGAUUCAAGCAGAAAUUAAUGAUGAGACGGAUAUUAAAAGUGCAAUACACCGAAAUCGACAUAGAUCUCGAACACUGAACGAGACAUCAACAUUUGUGGGAGGAAAAGGCGAUGCUCAUCAAACAAUUGUUUCUCCUCAGCUAACGUUGGCGACCUUCCAGUUUUUGAGCACCUCAAUUUCAUCUUUUCACGAGCAGUUGAUUUCAACAAAUAUCCUUCGACGACUUUUAUCUUGUGAUGUCUUUUUCAAAAUAAAACUGAAAUGUCGGGAUGGGACGCUUUCGAAUGAGUCAGUUUUCAUUUAUGAGAAGGGGGUGCCGGCGGACUACUUUGUCCUUAUUUUGGAAGGUAGAGUUCAAGCGUCCUUUGGCCAGGAAAACUUGGUGUUCGAAGGUGGACCAUUUACGUACUUUGGGACACAGAGCCUAAACCCAACUCAUGUAGAAAUGCCAAGCGCCCCACCAACGGGUGGACGAACAAUGACAUUAAGUACGGUUGCUAUUUUGCAUGCUAUCCCAGUCCCAGACUAUACAGUUCAGGCUACGAGUGACGUAACUUAUCUCAAAAUAUCUCAAGCCAUGUACUUGGCUGCGACACAGGCGACACAGGCAUUUGUAGGCUCUGAGGACUGCUCAAAACCCACGGAGGACGUGGUGCAUAAAUUUGACGAACAAAUCGGAUUGUUGAUUCGUGGAAAUAAAAGUAUCACGGCUAAAGAUGAGGAGUUGCCUCCAUUAUCGGAAGACAACAAGGAUGAGACUCCACCACUAAUUCAGCAAAAUCGUCACAAUAAUCAAGUAACAAAUGCUGCUAAUAACUUAUCCACUGAUGAUGGUGACAAUUUGCACGGAAACCAUAAUUCCAGUGGGAAAGAAUCUGACACAAGAUUGUAGUUGCAGCUUAUUAGCUUGUAAGUAAUUAUAUCAAAUGACACAUUUCUUGUUUUUUAAAUAACAAAUAAUUAUUUACAUGAAUGCUGUACCCAAUUUUUAACUAAUAAUUUUUUUAACUAAUAUAAAAAGUACGUAUCGAAAUGAGAUUGUUUGAGUAUAUAAUUUUUACUCGUAGUGUAUGCUGUAUUAAAAUAAAGUGUAUCGUGCUUUGAAAUUCGA